AUGUACGUCUUGAAUAAAUGUGAUCUAGUUCCAACAUGGGUAGCAGCGGCAUGGGUUAAACACUUAUCAAAAGAACGUCCAACCUUAGCUUUUCAUGCGUCGAUCACAAAUUCUUUUGGAAAGGGUUCGUUGAUUCAACUACUGCGUCAGUUUUCCCAAUUACAUAGCGAAAGAAAACAAAUAUCUGUAGGCUUCAUCGGGUACCCAAAUACUGGUAAAUCGUCGAUUAUAAAUACGCUAAGAAAGAAAAAGGUAUGCCAAGUAGCACCUAUUCCCGGUGAAACGAAGGUUUGGCAGUAUAUCACCUUGAUGAAGAGGAUCUUCUUGAUUGAUUGUCCUGGUAUUGUUCCUCCAUCCACAAAGGACACAGAGGAAGACAUUCUUUUCAGAGGUGUUGUUAGAGUGGAACAUGUCUCAAAUCCUGAACAAUAUAUGCCGGGUGUUUUGAAGAGAUGCCAGGCAAAGCAUCUUGAGAGAACUUAUGAAAUAUCGGGUUGGAAGGAUGCAACGGAUUUCUUACAGAUGCUUGCGAGGAAACAAGGGAGAUUAUUAAAAGGUGGCGAACCAGACGAAAGUGGAGUAGCUAAGCUAAUUCUAAAUGACUUCAAUAGAGGUAAAAUACCGUGGUUCGUUCCUCCACCUGAGAAAGGUGAAGAAAAUUCAAAAUCAAUAGAUGCGGCUCCAGAAGACGCUUCACAAAAGGUAACCAAGGAAACUGUUUAA